GGUAAAGUUUCCGCCGUGGCAAAACAUUGGUUUCGCUUUUUCCCGUCUCUGAGAUAUUUAUGAUGCUACUGCUCGGACGCGAGGCGCGUGUUGUGCUUUGUUAAGCGUAGUUCCACAUUCCACGGUUUUUCCACCCACCCGCCUCAUCCAAAACCAAAACCCACCAAACCUCUCCAGUUCGGAAACUCUCGUAUAAUCCACCUGCUGACUGCUCCAGCUUAGCUUCUCCGUGCACAUGAGCACACCCGAUUCCUCCAUCUCCGCCGCCGAGUCGAGUAUGGACCUCCCAUCCAACCACAAGAAAACCCUAACUACCACCGGAGAAUCGGCGGACGAAAGCGGCGACGGUGAGGUGUGGGAUGCCUUUAACCAGAGUUUCCGGCAAGUGCAGACGGUGUUGGAUCGGAACCGAUCGCUGAUCCAGCAAGUGAACGAGAACCACCAGUCGAGAAUCCCGGACAACAUGGUCAAGAACGUGGCCCUCAUCCAAGAGAUCAACGACAACAUCUCCAAGGUCGUCUCCCUCUACUCCGACCUCUCUUCCAAUUUCUCCACCUUGUUCCAUCAACGCACUGCCAAGAGCGGCUCCGAAGACAAAACCUCAAGUCCCCAGGCCUGAAAUUCCGUCCCUUGCCACAAUCCUCAGUAAUUCACAUCUAAUUUAUAUUUAUUAACUGGCUUGGAAUUGAAACUAUCGGUCUGUCUGAGUAGCGUUUGUUCACUUCAAUACGCUUGUUGGUAAGAGUCUAUUGGGAAUAAAUCUGUUUUUU